AUGUUAAGAAUCGAUUCAAACGUAAAUACGUCGUCAACAAUUACGAAUUCGAACAGUGUUAGUGAGAAAAAUAGUUCAACUGAAUCGCAUCUUGAACCAUCAAAACGCGAAGAGUUUUGGAAUUCAAAAAUUCAAAAAGAUUACAAUUUUUUAAUGAGUGAAGAACUUAUCAGUCGUUGUAAAAAUUCGACGGGAGACACCUUUACGUCUGUAAAUGAUUUGCAUCAUGUGUCAUACAAAGAGUUUGAAAAACAAUAUAGUGAAUUAGCACAUUGGUGUGAUAAAAUUUAUGAGACAAUUACACAAUUUUCAUCUAAUGCGCUUAGUCGAUAUUUACGUCAAAAAUAUUAUGAAGAAACGUAUGAACAAGGAAGAAUACGAAUCAAAUCAUUCGAAAAUUAUGCAGAAAAAUUGAUUCAACGUUUUUCAGAUUUAAAACCGGAAAUCAUUACAAAAAUGAAAACACUGAAUGCUCAAUGGCUUGACCUUGAAUCUGCCAUAAUAUCAUAUUUGGAUGAAGAUUUUGAUAGGAUAUUAAAGGAUCUUGAUCAAGAAUUAUUAAUGUUUGAAGAUUGGCUAAAUAAAACAGAAGAAGAACUUCGAAAAUUAGAACUCAUUAAAGACAUAACAUUAUCUCAAUUGGAAGAAAAUAUUAAAUAUCAUACGAAUCUACAAAGUGAAAUUAAAUCUCGAAAUAGUCGUGUAUCGUCCAUUAUUGAAAUAUGUGAUCGUUUAAAAGAUGAUGGCUGUGAACAAGUACCAUUAAAUUUGGCUAGUAAUCUUGAAAAUCGUUGGCAUCAAGCAUGGCUUGUUUCGGUUGAAAUUCAAUGUAAACUUGAAGAACGACUGAAAUUUUUAAAAUUAGAUGGAAUGACACGUAUACAACGUGAAAUUUUGAGUUAUGACAAUCAUAUGACAUUCUUUUUAAAUGGUUCAGAUUCUUACAAUACAAAUGUAUCUCGUAUAACCGCCGAUAGCGCGUCCGAUAGCGAACAAUCAAAUUCAUCCGAUUUAGACGUUAUUCCAUUUCAUUAUACCGAAUACGAAAAAAUUCCUAUAACUGCCGACGAUAUUUAUAUUUCGCCAUCUUCAUCUGAUAAACAAUUUCUAUUAGUUAAUAACGUAAACGACAGUACACAAUAUCCUAGAAAAUCGUUCAGUACUGAUAGUCUUGAUCUAGUUCAAAAAUCAACAAAUCGUAAACGUCGUUCAUCUUCUUCUCUGUUACUAUUAAACUCGAAAUACCCACUGGAACGUCUACCACUUUCGAUUCGUUUAAUACGUAAGGCCAAACGGCGUAGUCGAAAUCAAACAACAAAAAUCAUGUCAUCCUCGGACUCUCCAUCACUCCCUGCUGCCAAUGGAGAAAAUUCUUUAUCAGGUGGUAUUCAUUCGUUAUAUUAUUCAUUGACCAGUAUUAACAAUAGUAAUAAAAGUAGUCGCAGUAACAGUUGUCAUUCAAAUAGUGAAACGAAUGAAAAAAAGACCUCAUCUAAACUUGAUGUUGGUUAUGCAAGUGACGAUGAUGGGCAAUUAUCGCUGAGACAUUUAGAUACGAUAAAAACAAGAAUAUGCUCAUCGACAUUAGUCAAUUGUCAACCGUCAACAAUUUUAAAUGUCAAUCAGCCGGAUUCUAAUUCAUUGUUGAAUGCUCGUAAAGCAUUCAGUGACUAUUCAAUACGUUCAAAAAUUAUUUUAUAUUCACCAUUACCAACAAUGUCUUUACCUGUUUUUAAUCAACAACAAUUAACAUCGUGGAGACAUAGUAUAACAAGUGCAUAUGAUACUUGUUCAAACACAGGUGACUUAAGUGCUACAGAAGAAAUGCAACAGCAACAACAACAAAUAUCAAAUGUUGAACAAGAAAAAAAAAUCACGCUACUAUCAUUAUUAGAUGAUACAAAACUACAAUCACCACCGUCAUUGUUAAUUUAUGAUAAAAAAUAUACGUGUAUUGAUGAAACAAAAGAUUUAAUGGUUAAACAGGCUAUUCAUAAAAAUAAUCAUACAUCACGUUUUCGUAAAAGAUUUUUUCGUUGGAAUAAAACAGGCAGGUAUAUUCCACAUCGAGCAAUGACAACAAUAACAGUAAAAGUGGAUGGAGCUGAAACAUCGAGUACAACAUCACCUGAACAAGAUAGCCCCGACCAUAAACCUCAACAAUCAAAAACACCGAUGACACAUCGAUGUACAUCUCAUUCGUAUGAUGCUUCAGCAGAAUAUACAGAUCCUGAACAAAGUGAAAACGAUGUAGAUUCUGAAUAUGGCGGUGGUACACAUUCAGAUUAUGAUCAUCAAUAUCAACACAAUCAUACAAUAGUUUUUUCCAAUAGUAAUAAUCAGUUGCAUGAAAAAAACUUCUAUAAUCGAUAUACUGCAACAACUACCGCGAUGACAGCUACUACAACGACAGGUUAUUCGUCAGAUAUUGAACAUACAACAACAGGUGGCAUAUUAUCGGAUGAUGUUUCAACAACUGAUAAAAAAGGAUCACCAUUUUAUUCUUCAGCAUCAAAUGAUAAAUUAGCAGAAGAACUGAGCAUUGGUCAUGAAGUGAUUGAAAAUAAGACAAAUGCAAAUGAUGAUACUUCAGAAAUUGUUGAAAUUGAUCAAGGGUUAAAGUCAAAGGUUCAAGAUAGUUGUGAAAACUCAGAAGUUAGCGAAAUGAUGAAUGCAAUAGAAAAAAGUUCCGCAACAACCGAAGGAUCUGAACCGUGUUGGGACAACUAUCAGAAUCCAUUAUACCGUCUAGAUUGUCUCGAUCACGACUCAGUAGAAUCGACGUUAAAGUGGGAAGAUCAAUUUUUUGAAAUGGAUGAUUGUAGUCAAGAUCAUGAAUAUAUAUUGAACAAUAUUACAAUACUUGUAAGUCUUUUAUUUUCAUAUCAUAAUUGCAUUCAGUUGUCUGGCUUGAUAUUUAACUUUUCAAGUAACAUUUAUCUAAGCGAUUCACUCGAUCUGUAUUAACUGAACGAGCAAGGUGGAAAGCGAUCAUCGCAGAGCUCGGUAGCAACUAUAAACUGUGCUCUUUGAACAUCAAAGAGUCAGAGUUGAAAAAAGAAGACCAUAUGCACUAUCGAACAGACGAAAUAUAGCAUAUCAAAUAAGACUAAAGAAGUUCCGAGACCAAAAGUACAUACACUAUAUAACCCAUUUAAGUAGCUACGCAAUAAAAGCAAACAUUUGAGCAUGAUGAUCGAUGUUUUAACACGACUGGAAAAUAACAAGGACUCUAAGU